CAAUAAAUUAUGAGGAGAGCUAAACUUGUGGAGAGCUUUACACAAUCACAAGCAAGCUGUCCAAACUGAGUAUAUAACCCCGGAUUUUCAUCUCUUCAAUUCCUCUUCAUCCACAAAAGCCACAUCUAGAACAUUGAAGACAUAACAAAACAUCACAAUCAUGUCGUCUGCACUUUUACACCCACCCGCACAUCUUUCGCCAGCGCUGGCCCUAGAAAAUUCCCAACAAGCUCCCUCGAUAUUGCGGAACACUCCUUCAUCAAUAUCAUCAUGGUCCUUGAGCUCUCUCUGGAGCGCCGCUGAGUCUCCAGAAUUGUGGACUAUUUACGAAAAUCUAUUCAUGUCAUGCUUGCGGACUGGGGAUGAUAAAUCUGCACAGUUAUGCAUUACACGGCUCCAGGAAAGAUUCGGUCUUGAAAAUGAGCGGAUCAUGGCAAUGCGAGGAUUACUUUGCGAGGUCGGCGCGGAAGACGAUGCAGCAUUGCAAAGGGUACUAGAGGGAUAUGAACAAAACUUAUCGGACAAUCCAAAUAAUAUGGUAAGCUUACUCGAACGUGUCUCCAUACAAAUACUCACUGGGUUGUGUAGCCUAUCUUAAAACGUCGCAUUUCGGUUCUCAGAUCACUGGGGAAGAUGUCAGAAGCAAUUAUCGCACUCAAUGAGCUGGUGGAUUUGUCCCCCACGGAUGCAGAAGCAUGGGCAGAAUUGGCAGAUCUUUAUGUUUCGCAGGGCAUGUAUCCACAGGGUAUAUUUGCACUGGAAGAGGUUCUACUCAUAACACCUAAUGCAUGGAAUGUAAGAGGCCCAAUACGUUUCUUAGAACUCGUCAGUAUGCUGAUAGCAGAAAUCAGAUUCAUGCCCGACUGGGAGAGAUCCUGUACAUUGCCGCAGGUGUAAAUGAUUCGAACGCGGACCGGUACCUUGCAGAGUCUUUGCGCAGGUUUUGUAGAAGUAUCGAAUUAUGUGACGACUAUCUUCGCGGAUACUAUGGUUUGAAGCUGGUUGGUGAUAAUCUUUUCUUAUUAAACCAUUUCUAACACAUCACAGGCCAGCAGUCAACUUCUCAAAAAGCCCCCAACGAACCGAAACACAAAAUCGGAUACUAGUCUACCAUUGCCAGAUACAAACACAAUCGAGAAGUUGAAUGAGACUGCUACGUCUAAAUUAUCGGAAAUUGUCCGACGAAGUAGUGCCAAAGAACCUGGUUGGGAGGGCUAUGACGAAGCUUCCCUCAUCGCCGCUCGUGAAUUGUUGAAUAGGGACUCGGGUUCUUUAACUCGUUGAUAUUCAUAGAAAUUGAUCAGUUCUCAUAACGUGGAACAUGCAAGGCACAUCAUUUUAAUCGUGGAGUUACAAGAUCCACAUUUGGGAUUGUUGAUUCCCAUGAUUCCAUCAUCAUUUUCAAUGUCGGGUAUGUACUCACGCAUUUAAAAGUGCAAGGUUCGACAUGGUUUUUCAAUUCGAAAAUUUCUUCCAUCUCAUAAAUUGCGGUUACGAUUUGCAUGAGAUUGGUACGGUUCAAAAUACUCCGUACAUCAUUUCAAUGUCAUGGGCUAGAAUUGGACAAUCCAAAGGUAGAUUACAAGCCCCUCCCGAGGUCGUGGCACCAGUAGGAGUGCGUUGGGGGAUGUCGGUGCCCAAUCAUCGAAUUGACGAUUAGCUUUGCCACAUUGGGCAAGAGAUUCGGAAUUCUUGGGCAUCAUUUAACGUUUUAGGCUAUUGGAAAAGCGGUGACGAGAUCUUUUUGAGACGGUUCUAAUUUAUUUGAACCCGAAAGGAACCAUUAAAGGUGUUGAAUAGGGAGUCUUUUAGAAUCGUGACAACGCACGGGGCUUAGAAGGUCCAAGUAUAUGUAGAUAGACUCAGCCUUGAAGGUGGCCGAUUACAGCUGACACCGCGAAUAAUUCCCUAUACUUUUUUCCCGAUUAC